CGGAAGAGUAAUUAUUAGCAUUUGCAGUAGGUAUAAAGAGUUGGAGCCGAAUAAAAAGAAGAAAGAAGAAGAAGAUGAUGAUGGAGAGGAAAUCACUUGGGUUUUUCUUGAUACUGCUCAUUUUCUUGGCUUCUCAAGAGAUGAUUAUGCCAAGUGAGGCAAGAGUUUGCGAGUCACAGAGCCACAAGUUCCAGGGACCAUGCGUUCGCGACAACAACUGUGGUCUGGUGUGCAAGAACGAAGGUUUCUCUGGUGGCAAAUGCCGUGGAUUCCGUCGCCGUUGUUUCUGCACCAAAAUUUGUUAAUUGGUGCUACCAGAGAUGAGGAUCAUUGCACGCCAUGCAGCAUAUGGGUUUUUAGUAGAUUGAAGUAAUGAAUAAUUGCCAUGCAUAUUUGUAGCUCUAGGGUUAAAGUACUUUAGCUUUGUGAGUUAUAUGUAAAUCAUGAUGCCUGCACAUGUUGUCAAUGCUGCAUGGAUCUUGAAGUGAUCAAUUAGUACUACUGUCAUCUAGUCAUGACUUUCUUGCUCGAUCCAUAGUGUUUGUAAUUUGUUUGAAUAAAAGUACCGAGUCUGAGUCAAGGUGUCUGUCAUCUAUUCGUGACUUAAUUUCUUGUUAAUUAAUGGUGUUUGCAAUUUUAUAUAUAUGUUAACUAAA